AUGGAAUCCCGCCUAUCUAUUCUGGAGAGGAAUCUACAGCAGUACAUGAAAAUCAAUGAUAAACUCUUCGAGGAAAAUCAGGCUCUAAAGAAACUAGUGGAAGACAACAACAGACGGAACAUUGAGUUGUCGUUAAAGGUUGAGAAUCUCGAAAGAACUAUCAGUGAUAUUCAGAACAAUCGGAAGGAUGUCCAAAUACGUCCCCAGACAACAAAUCUCUCAAAAAGUGUUAAUGGUAGUCAGAAUGACCUACGAACAGAACUUAUUAAAGAUCGAACAAGGAAUUACGGGAUAGAUCAACAGUUUGCCACAGAAAAGUCAAGAAAAAGGAUAGUUUCACGAACCCCUGAUUCUACCACAGAGAACAUAGCUUUCCAUGCCUACAUGUCUACAAACACAGCUUCAGGACUUCGCCAACAUCACACAUUAGUUUUUGACAUAGUCAUGGUCAACAAAGGUCAUGGUUAUCACAAAGAAGAUGGUAUAUUUAUCUUACCGAUAUCAGGAGUUUAUGUCUUUACAUGGACCGUUGCAGUUAUAGACAAUGCUUGGGUCACUGUAGAGAUAGUCGCCAAUGGACAAAUAGCUGGAUCGACAUUUGCAGAUGGUGAUGGUACGGGAUUUGAUGCAGGCACUGGUCUCAUUGUUGUGGAAGGAAACGCAGGAGAUCAUGUCUAUAUUCGUGUUCAUGAAACCGGCCUUGGUGUGAUAAGCAGCACUGGCAGAUCACGAACAUCUUUCUCGGGGUGGCGCCUCUUUUGAUACACGU